AUGGUGAUGAUGACCUACAACGGUUCUUAUCAUCUGUCAUUACCUCAUCUUUGCGAACACUCCUUGAAAUCGCACUGGCAAACUCGUCGUCCUUGGCGCCCGGAACAUACCGAUUGGCAGGCUGCAGCAUUCGUUAAUUCAAUCCAGCUGAUUCAUGGUACAAGGCUGAGCUGCUGCAUGGUAACUACAGGGCCAUGGAGAGCCACCAAUACACCUAUCGAACCUAAAAAGGCCUCUUUGCGCAAGGGCCCUGACAAUAUUGCUGUGAAAAAAACGGCAAAUUUCCCACAGGAUACUGCAAAGGCCAGAGUAGCUAAGUUAAAGGAUCCGGCUGUUCUAGUAAACCUUCCGACAUCUCCAUCAGCUCAAGCGUAUGAGUGUGCACAUGCGCAAACAUCCAAAGACCCAGGAAACGAUAGCUAUUUUGACCCAGUUUUUGUUGAUGUUGAAGACAGCACCACGAAGGAAACUGAUGACGGCUUUGCCAACGUAACUCCGCAGAAAAUCACGUCACAAUCUCAAAAAUAA